AUUCCUCCAACUCCAUACCAUCACAUUCAAAUUUCACAGUCAACCACAGAACCCUAGCUCUACCUCCCACAACCUACCUCAACCCUCCUCCAAGAAAUGGCCCUAGGACUCGAGAUCACUGAGCUGAGGCUGGGUCUGCCCGGUCAUGCCGACUCAAACCACUCUGCUGGUGUUAAUGCAGUGGAAAGAAACGAGAAGAAGAGGGUGUUUUCUGAGAUGUCCGGGGAUAGCAGCGCCACCACGUGUGAACGGAAAGCCCAGAACAAGAACCAGGUUGUGGGGUGGCCGCCGGUCUGCUCAUAUCGGAGGAAGAACAGUUUUAACGACAAGGAUCGAACAGAAGCUACCAAAAUGUACGUGAAAGUGAGCAUGGACGGCGCACCUUUUCUUCGUAAGAUCGAUUUGAGUUCCCACCAAGGCUACUCCAAUCUUGUCACCGCUUUUGAGGAGCUUUUCGGGUGUUUCGGCAUCGGUGAAGCAUUGAAAGAUGCAGAUAGUUCAGAGUAUAUUCCCAUAUAUGAGGACAAAGAUGGGGACUGGAUGCUUGUAGGAGAUGUUCCUUGGGAGAUGUUCAUUGAAUCUUGCAAGAGGCUGAGGAUCAAGAAAAAAUCCGAAACCAAGAAUUUCGGCCUGCAGUUAAAUUCUCUGAAGGAACUCCAGAAGAUAAAUGAUUAGAAGUUUGUGAUUGUAAUGCAGAAAUUAAUCUUAUUGUCUUUUUCCUUGAACAAAUUUUAUGUUUACCCUAGUUAUGAUGUUCUUUUUUAAUUUAGAAGACAAUUUUUAUUUAAAUUAUGCAUGUAAGACUUAAUUAAUGUUAAGUUGGAUCUAGGAUCCUAGACAGACAA